ACUCCCUGCGGCGCUUUCCCUUGCGGCCUCGGGGCGGGGGUGUGGAAGCGCAAGUCCCGGGGCGGGUCCUUCAGGGCUGCCGGCUCUCCUACCCCGGCCGGAGCCUGAGGGUGUGAGCCUGGCGGGCGGGUCCAGGACUCCUCACGGGACCAGCACACGUGAACCCCAGGGGCCUAGACCCGCCCGAGGGCCCCUCCCCGCCAUCCCCAAGCAGCGCGGCCGCGUCCCCUUCACGGUCACUGCGGCCGCCGGCGCGAAGUGGACCGCGGCGCGAUGACCGGGCUCUGGCUGGUGCUCGUCGGGCAGAAGCUGCUGCUUUGGGGCGCGGCGAGCGCCCUCUCCCUGGCGGGGGCCACCCUCCUGCUGACCCUCGUGCAGAGGCUGGCAAGCUACGCGCGGAGAUGGCAGCAGAUGAGGGCGAUCCCGACGGUCGCCACCGCUCUUCCCCUGGUGGGACACUCGCUGCUGUUGAAGCGGGAUGGCAAAGAAUUUUUUCAGCAGAUAAUACAGUACACUGAAGAAUUCCGACACUUGCCACUGCUGAAACUGUGGGUUGGGACAGUGCCAUUGGUGGUCAUUUAUCAUGCAGAAAAUGUGGAGGUAAUUUUAAGUAGUUCAAAGCAAAUUGACAAGUCCUCCAUGUACCAGUUCUUAGAACCAUGGCUUGGCUUAGGACUUCUUACAAGCACUGGAGAAAAAUGGCGCAACCGGAGAAAAAUGUUAACACCUACCUUCCAUUUUACAAUUCUGGAAGAUUUCUUAGAUGUCAUGAAUGAACAAGCAACUAUAUUGGUUAAAAAGCUUGAAAAACAUGUUAACCAAGAAGCAUUUAACUCCUUUUUUUAUGUUGCUCUUUGUGCCUUGGAUAUAAUCUGUGAAACAGCUAUGGGGAAGAACAUCAAUGCUCAAAAUAAUGGUGAUUCUGAGUAUGUCCGUGCAGUUUAUAGGAUGAGUGACAUAAUACUUCAAAGAAUGAAGUUGCCCUGGCUGUGGUUUGAACUUCCAUACCUAAUGUUUAAAGAAGGAAGGGAACACAAAAGGAGCCUUAAGAUCCUACAUACUUUUACCAACAAUGUCAUCAGUGAACGGGCCAAUGAAAUGAAGACAGAGGAAGAAUGUAGGGGUAAAAAUAAACACAGAGCUUUUCUUGACUUUCUUUUAUGUGCAACUGAUGAUGAAGGAAACAAGCUAAGUCAUGAAGAUAUUCGAGAAGAAGUUGACACCUUCAUGUUUGAGGGUCAUGAUACAACAGCAGCUGCAAUAAACUGGUCCUUAUACUUAUUGGGUUCUUACCCAGAAAUCCAGAAAAAAGUGGACAAUGAACUGGAUGAAGUGUUUGGGAAGUCUGAUCGUCCUGCUACCUUAGAAGACCUGAAGAAACUUAAAUAUCUGGAUUGUGUUAUUAAGGAAACCCUUCGCCUUUUUCCUUCUGUUCCUUUCUUUGCCCGUAAUCUUAGUGAAGAUUGUGAAGUUGGUUUCAAGAUUUCGAAAGGCGCCGAAGUAAUCAUUGUUUCCUAUGCACUGCAUAGAGAUCCGAGAUACUUCCCAGAUCCUGAGGAAUUCCAGCCAGAAAGGUUCUUUCCAGAAAAUAUGCAAGGACGCCAUCCAUAUGCUUAUGUGCCCUUUUCUGCUGGGCCCAGAAACUGUAUAGGUCAAAAGUUUGCCAUGAUGGAAGAAAAGACCAUUCUUUCCUGCCUACUGAGGCGGUUUUGGGUAGAAUCCAACCAGAAAAAAGAAGAACUUGGUCUGUCAGGAGAGUUGGUUCUUCGUCCAAAUAACGGCAUCUGGAUCAAGUUGAAGAGAAGAAAUGCAGAUGAAUCCUAACUAUAUUAUUAGGCUGUGGUGGCUCUUAUCACGAAGAUCUUUCUUUAAAACAAAGUUGUCAUUUAUAGUUUCUAGAUCACGAGUUCCAUAACCCUAAUCCCUAACCCUAAUUUUUCAUGACCCUACUUACCUUGGGAUCAAGUCUACCAAAGAGAGAGUUUUUGUACUUUCUUCACCACCAUAGAUGUUACCCCUACUCUCGGUCCCUAAAGUAAAGUUGAUUUAGCUGGUGUCAGUAUAUGAAAAAGCAGGUAAUUUUCCCAACAGAGAGAAUACAGGCCAAUUCAAUUUCAUUUGACAGACCAAGUGAUAUAAUUUCAUUGAAGUUCUAGAUUUUUAGAAAAUAUUUGUGUGGACACAGAAACACACAUACCCCCCCCCCCCACAGAUACAUAUAAAAUGAAUAGGAUGAUUAAUAAGUAUUUUGACUUAGAGGGCUUAUGUUUUUGAGUUGUAUCAGUGACAUCAGUUAUGAGAAUAACAAUUACAGUACAUGUAGAUUUUAUCAUCUGGAGCAGACCAUUUACAGGUUGACUCGUAGGUUCUUUUCCAGUUUUUUACUUGACUGUGUAUGUAUAGCAACCAUUUCAUUCUUUAUAGUAUCACAGUUACCUUUACAUAUUGUAUCUUAUUAAGAGAGAUUCCCCUUGGUAAUUCCACUCCCUCACACUGCCUCAGAAAGGUGAAUUAAUGACUUUUAGCGCUGGAAAGACCUUAGGACUUAGUUAUAUUUUCUUGUAUUAGAAGUAAGGGAACAAAAUCAAUGAGAAGGUAAGUUUUUGCCCAAAGUCAUGCCACUAGAUGGUGACAGGGCUGGAAAUAAAGAGAGGUCUAUAUGCCACAUUUCUCCACUCCAUAGCUGAUAACACUUUCCACUACAAUAGGUUAUUGCUUUAUGCAGCUCAGGUCUCUGACUAGAUAUGCCAUCAGAACUCAAGUCUUCUGCCUCAGAUUUAUGUAUUUAAGUUUAACCUUGGCCUUUUUUUUUAGUGAUUAGAUAUGAAAUUAAAUGAAAAGGAAAACAUUGCUUAAUACGUUCUGGCUUCAUAUCUUCCUUUGGCCCCAGAAUAAUUUGUGAUAUAUAUUUUCAUUGGUAGUUCAUUUCUUCUGGAAUUUUUCUGCUUUUUUGAGAAAAAAAUAGUCAUUCAUCUAUAUUUAGUAACCCAGUAGUAUCUCACUUAAUUUAGGGUUCAUUGAGGUAAAUUCACUCCUCCAGAACAUACCGAUCAAUCUGAUGACACGUUCCCUGAACUUUAAUUCAAUAGAUAAUACCUCUACUUCUUCACUCAGUGCCUUUUCAAAAUUUCUUUUGAUAAACAAUUUUGUUAAGAAUGCUUUUCCAAUGGAAAGAAGUGACGGUAGCACAAUACUGCAAGUGUUAUCAACAGUGCAGAGGGUGAGUAUGGUUGAAAGGGAAAGUUUAGGGUCGUAUGUCACGAGAAGGAAAGCUAGAGGAUAAAACAUGGGACUGUAUCACAUAGCGAAACCUAUAGUGAAUGAUGACUGUGGAUAAUUGUACAAAUUUAAUACAGUUCUUACAUGAAAAAAAUAAUGCUUUUCCAAUUUUUGUUGCAUAUAGAUUAAGAGGGUGGAAUAUGUACUCUUCAGUGGAUAUCAAAAGAAAAGGUUAUGAAACAAAAGCCACUAGACAGGCACUUCAGAUUGGGAUAUUUAGGGCAGGGUCAGCAGUUUCAUGCACUUUAUUCCCCAAAAAGCCCCAGUGCAGACAACCCAGUCCCUAAAUUACUAAGAAAAGCUCAAGGAAGUAUACACCAAGUUGAACAAGAUGUUUAUCAAAUGUUUAACCUUCUUAUCUAGAAAAUGGACAUAUGAAGAAAAUGUUGCUCCCGGAUAUUUAGGAUAAUUGUAUUAUUCGUGAAAAUUGGUAUUACUUCUCAGAUUCAUGUAUUUAAGUUUAACCUUGACCUUUUUUUUAGUGAUUAGAUAUGAAAUUAAAUGAAAAGUAAAACAUUGCUUAAUGUUA